CAGAACUCACACAAUUCUAUUACAUUGAUUUCUAGUUGUACAAAUUUGUUGCUAGAUUAUUGCUUUUUUUCUACAUCCGUGAAGAAAUAUUUGCAGAAAAAACAAGCUGCAACUGAAGAAGCGCAGAAGAACGACGCUGACGAGGUCAUGGAUCCCACGAGACUGCACUCCUCCAUGGUGAUCCUCUUCCUAGCAAUCCAGUUUUCUGUCUGUGCUGGUACCUGCCACAUGAGCCCUUGCGAAGCCCUUCAAGAGAUGAAAAACGAAAUCUCCAAGUACUCUAGUGCAAAUGCAGAGCCAACCCAUGGUGAAUCAUUGGAGAUCAGACUAGCCCAAUUGGAACGGCGCAUGAGGUCCAUAGAACAGCCAACGUGGUCUGUUAUGGAUAUGGAAGACCGAUGGUUCCGGUGCUCUGAAGGCACUUGUCAUUGUCGCCCAGAGACAAUGACCCUAAGCUGUUGGCGUCAAGAGUUAGGAGAACUUCCUACUGACCAAGUGGUACCAAAGGAUGUCAGAGUCAUAGACCUGGGGAUCAAUUUCUUAACCACUCUCCACAGGGACACAUUUCAGGGUCUGACACUUCUCUCUGAACUAGAUCUGUUUGACAACCAGAUUGAUUACCUGCCUGAACCAAUUUUUAAUUCUCUGGACACUCUUCAGCAUUUGCGGUUACAUAGGAACCGGUUGGUUGACAUUCCUCAACAGUUGUUGGAAAAGUUAGUCAAUCUGGAAACUAUUGAUUUAUCAAUGAACACACUACGACGCAUACCUCAGGAACUGUUUCGAUGCACUAGAAAGCUGACUGUGAUCGACCUGUCAGGGAAUUCCCUGGAGGAUCUCCCAGAACAGAUUUUUCAAGACUUAGUUCAAUUGGAAGAACUGGAUCUCUCUAACAACGCAUUAAUUUACAUUCGGCCUGGUGUGUUUAAAGGUCUGUAUUCACUGAGACGCCUUCGCCUCCAGGACAAUUUAAUACAGGAGCUACCUGAAGUACUGGAUGACUUGGAAGUUCUGGAGCAGCUCUCCUUACGAAAAAAUCAUCUGUCUUUUAUCCCUCGAAAACUACUCAGCAAUCUCAAACAUCUGAAGCACCUGGACCUAACUAGCAAUUGGAUAUCUUCACUUGAUGGACAAGAAUUCUCUGAACUCAGUGAGUUGGAAGAGUUGCACCUGAGCCAAAACUACCUGGAGAAACUACCAGAUGGAUUGUUCUUUCACAUGAAAAUGCUUAAAAAGCUAUUCCUCUUCAACAACAACUUGGAAUGUCUUGGCUCAAACAUGCUGGAAGGUUUGGGCAACCUCUCCUCACUCUUGGUCAACAACAAUCUACUCAGAAGUAUUGAAGGCUCCGCCUUUUCUCAUGUACCAAAUCUUUUGAAACUGCACGUGGACAGCAACAAACUUCAAUUUAUCUCUGCUGGAUCAUUGGACUUCAUUCCAAAACUCAGGACUCUCACACUGGCAAAAAAUCCAUGGCACUGUGACUGCUCUAUUCUCUACCUUGCAACAUGGUUACGUGAAAAUAAGCACAAAGUCUGGGACUCAAACCCUACAUGUCAUGGACCUGGAGAUCUUGGUGGACAGCAUAUUGAAGAGAUGGCAUUUGAUGAUCUCUGCAAUGGACAAUGGGCAAGCAUGACCAAGUUAAGUCCACGUUUACCCAUAAUGAGUGUCUGCAACCAUUUGGUACACCUAUUAAGUUUGCUGAGACCGCCUGACCAUCUAUUCGUGUACAUGGAACUCUAGAACCAAAGAAUCCAUUUUCAUGAAAUAUGAUAACAGGAAAAUUUACCAAAAAGAUUGUCAAGCCAUUUUAAUUU